CCCAUGAAGGAUCCCUUUUCCUUCCAGGGAGCUUUCCAAGGAUACCUAUUACCAUUUCUGUCUUCAUUGUGUAUCCUCUGUCCCUCUGAACCUCUGAAGCUCCUUGUAGUCUUCUCCCCAUUCGGUUACCCUGAGACAAUGGAGUUUUCAAGUACUUCCGGAAAGGAUUGUCUUAAACACAGAAGCAGGGUAGGCAUCGUGGUUGCCAGCCUCACGGGAUUGCUCCUACUUCAGGCAGUGUCAUGGGCAUCAGCCCUUGUCUCUGCUGUGCCUCUCCCUUCCAGGUGCCCACCCUUGCAUUCCUAAAAGCUUUGGUUACAGCUCGGUGGUCUGUGUCUGCAAUGCCACGUAUUGUGACUCUCUUGAUCCCUUAACCUUCCCUGCCCCUGGUACCUUCAGCCGCUAUGAGAGCACGCGCAGUGGGCGUCGGAUGGAGCUGAGUAUGGGGACCAUUCAGGCCAAUCGCACGGGCACAGGGCUGCUACUGACCCUGCAGCCAGAAGAGAAGUUCCAGAAAAUCAAAGGAUUUGGAGGGGCCAUGACAGAUGCUGCUGCUCUCAACAUCCUUGCUCUGUCACCCUCUGCCCAGAAGUUGCUACUCAAAUCCUACUUCUCUAGAGAAGGAAUCGAAUAUAACAUUAUUCGGGUACCCAUGGCUAGCUGUGACUUCUCCAUCCACACCUACACCUAUGCUGACACCCCUGAUGACUUCCAGUUAAACAACUUCAGCCUCUCAGAAGAAGACACCAAGCUCAAGAUACCCCUGAUUCACCAAGCUAUGCAGUUGACCCAGCGUCCCAUCUCACUUCUUGCCAGUCCCUGGACAUCACCCACUUGGCUCAAAACCAAUGGGGCAGUGAAUGGGAAGGGGUCACUCAAGGGUCACCCAGGGGAUAUCUACCACCAGACCUGGGCCAAAUACUUUGUCAAGUUCUUGGAUGCCUAUGCUGAGCGUAAGUUAAAAUUCUGGGCAGUGACAGCUGAGAAUGAACCUUCUGCAGGGCUGAUUAGUGGGUACCCCUUCCAAUGCCUGGGCUUCACUGCUGAACACCAGAGAGACUUCAUUGCCCGUGACCUGGGUCCAGCCCUUGCCAACAGUAGUCACCGUGGUAUCCAGUUGCUCAUGCUGGAUGACCAACGCUUGCUGCUGCCCCGCUGGGCACAGGUGGUGCUGACAGACCAAGAGGCAGCUAAGUACGUUGAUGGCAUUGCUGUACACUGGUACUUGGACUUUCUGGCUCCAGCAAAAGCCACCUUAGGAGAGACACACCGCCUAUUUCCCAACACCAUGCUCUUUGCCUCAGAGGCCUGUGUAGGCUCUAAGUUCUGGGAACAGAGUGUUCGUCUGGGCUCCUGGGAUCGAGGGAUGCAGUACAGCCACAGUAUCAUCACGAACCUCCUCUACCACGUGGUUGGCUGGAUGGACUGGAACCUCGCCCUGAACCCUGAAGGGGGACCCAACUGGGUCCGCAACUUUGUUGACAGCCCCAUUAUUGUAGACAUUGCCAAGGACACAUUUUACAAACAGCCCAUGUUCUACCACCUUGGCCACUUCAGCAAGUUUAUUCCUGAGGGCUCCCAGAGAGUGGGGUUGGUGGCCAGUGAGAAGAACGACUUGGACACAGUGGCACUACUACAUCCUGAUGGCUCUGCAGUUGUGGUCGUACUGAAUCGCUCCUCUAAGGAUGUGCCUCUUACCAUCAGUGAUCCUGCCGUGGGCUUCCUGGAAACCAUCUCACCUGGCUACUCCAUUCAUACCUACCUGUGGCGUCGCCAGUGAUGGAGCAAGCACCUGGGCUUAGCAUGGACAUAAAGGGACAGGCAGUUCACAUGCUGUCUGUCGCUGAAGAGGGCACAGCAGGGAGAGGGUGAGCUUACAGUGAUGUAGGCUCAAGGGUAGUGGUUUGGGUGACUCAUUCUCUUCUCUAGUAGGUGCCAGGGGCUGGAGGCCCCUAAGGAAAGAUCAGGAAGCCCCAGUAUUCCUCCAGCCCCCAUGCUUGUAUAAGUGUGCUUUGUGCUCGUUGCUUGUGGAAACUGGGCCUAGACCCAGGGUGAGCUCACUGUCUGUACAAACACAAGAUGGUGGAGCCAGGGUGGAGGCAGGGAUGUAAGGAAAGGAGGAGAGUAGGAAAGCUGGACCAGAACUAGGGACUAUUUGUCUUUCCUUGAGAUGCAGAACUGGGCCCAUACAAAAGCAAUGUCAGCACCAGUGAGUAGGCUCAAGCACCCGGAUGUCCCUGUGACAGCAGCUAAGAUAAUGGCAGCCCUUUAUUUAUUUUUAUUUUUGUGGUACUGGGGUUUGAACUUGCAUUUGUGCUUGCUAGACUAGUGCUCUACCUCAUGAGCCAGACCUCUAGCCCCAUGGCAGCCCUAUAAAAGGAGAGAAUGCUUGAUCCCAGUCAGUGUGAGCAGCUUUAUUCUGGGGAUAGCACCCCAUUUCUGGCUGUACCAACAAUGGGGAGGCAGAGGGGCCCCUGGAAUGCAUGACAGUAGAAAAACCAGUCCUGGGAGCAUAAGGAC